AUGAGCGCUCUGGCUGCUGCCCGCUACGGCAAGGACAAUGUCCGCGUCUACAAGGUCCACCGCGAUGAGAAGACCGGUGUCCAGACGGUUGUCGAAAUGACCGUCUGUGUUCUGCUCGAGGGUGAUAUCGAGACCUCCUACACCAAGGCCGACAACAGCGUCGUUGUCGCGACUGACUCGAUCAAGAACACCAUCUACAUCACCGCCAAGCAACAGCCCGUCACUCCCCCGGAGCUCUUCGGCUCCAUCCUGGGCACCCACUUCGUUGAGAAGUACGCGCACAUCCACGCCGCCCAUGUGAACAUCAUCACCCACCGGUGGGUGCGCAUGAACAUCGAUGGCAAGCCCCACCCCCACUCGUUCAUCAAGGACAGCCCCGAGACCCGCAACGUCCAGGUCGACGUGGUCGAGGGCAAGGGCAUCGACAUCAACUCCUCCAUCAACGGCCUGACCGUCCUGAAAAGCACCGGCUCCCAGUUCUGGGGCUUCGUUCGCGACGAGUUCACUACCCUCAAGGAGACCUGGGACCGCAUCCUCAGCACCGACGUUGCCGCUAACUGGCAGUGGCGCCGCUUCAGCAGCCUCCCCGAGGUCAAGGCUAACGCCCACAACUUCAACGAGGCCUGGGAGACUGCCCGGGCCACCACCCUCAAGACCUUUGCCGAGGACAACAGCGCUAGUGUCCAGGCCACCAUGUACAAGAUGGGCGAGCUGAUCUUGGCCGCCGUGCCCCUGCUCGAAACCGUUGAGUACGCCCUGCCCAAUAACCACUACUUUGAAAUUGGUAUGUUUUCUAUCCCCACCUCCCUCCCCUCGCUGUCACUGUGCUCAUCCCCCCCACCCCCGCUAACACAUCAUGAUAUAGAUCUCAGCUGGCACAAGGGCCUCCAGAACACCGGCAAGAAUGCCGAGGUGUACGCGCCCCAGUCCAACCCCAACGGCCUCAUCAAGUGCACGGUGGGCCGUGCUGGCCAGAAGGCCAAGCUGUAG